ACGGCAGUGUUGUGUAGUGUCUGUGAAGUGUUGUACUAGUGUAGUGAAGCAGCUGUCAGUGAAGUGUAGUGUGGUGUCGUCAUGCUGUGGCGAGUGUGGCUCUGUGUCAGUGUGUGGUCGUGCGUGUGUACAGCCAACAUACCACCGCCACCCAAGGAGUCACUGGUGGAGGUCAACAAGUGUUGCGAGAGGCAAGAGCUGAUGGUGGACGGUCGCUGCACCAGAGUAGAAGAGACAAACGUCACGGCCUGGAGCCCCGUGUUCAGCGACGACCGCGGACAGGACAACGUGCAAGUCAAGGGGUUCACUCUGUUGAUUGGCGUCCCCAAGUGUUACUCGCGACAACAGUUUCCCAUCUAUCACAUCCCCGGGGAGGCCGACCGUCUUGCGCUACUACCCAACGGUCACCUCAGACACUACUAUCUACAGAACCAACACGACAGGGCCGGCGCCGGCGAGCUGUGGGAGCGAGAGAUAUCUCAAGAACAAAGAUACUACGACUACCCGCAGGGCUUUUACUGCCUCGACAAGGUGCUGCAAGAAGAAGACCAGGUUCCCAAGCUGUUUGCCAUCGUCUGUGAUCCGCAUGUACCCUCCGCGUGGCAUGAUACAGACUUUCUACUGCGACGCAUAAUAGACCCGUUGUGCCACGGCGUGUCUCUAGCCUGCUAUGUCACUGUGGCAGUCGUCCACUUUGUCCUGCCACAGCUCAGAGACCUUGUAGGCAACAUGGUCACCACGCUCUGUGUUUGCCUAGCUGUCACCCAGGUCGCAGAUACUGUCAGGAUAUUCACCGAGUUCACCAGUCCAAAGGUCUAUCUUAUUGCAGAUGCUGUUCUUUACGCUAGUCUUCUUGGGGCAUUUUUCUGGUUGAAUAGUGCCGGAUAUUACAUUUGGAAAACCUUCAGGUCUCGCAAUGUAUUCCUGAGAAUCACUGAUGGCCGCAAGUACUGCUACUACUCACUGUACGUGUGGACAUCCACUAUAGGAAUGACUGUAUUUGCAAUAUUUGCUCAUCUUACGCUCGACGACCCAAAUGUGCCUUUAGAAUCCCAAGAUAAAAAUAUAUCCAACCCUCACGGUGCUAUAGGGUGGCUUGGAGUCGCUGUGUUUUUCACUCCAAUUGCUUGCACUAUUCUAGUGGAUCUAUUCUUUUACAUUUCAACAGUCAAUAUUAUCAAGAGGAUGUCAACAUAUGGCAGAAUUCAUCAUAAAAUGAAAUACAGUUUUGUAACAUUUGGCAAGCUGCUGCUAACUUUAUCCCUGGGAUGGGUGUUUCUGCUGCUAGCCUGGACUCCUCAGUCUCACCUCUACUAUGCAUACAUCUGCAGCAACGCUGUGCAAGGACCUCUAGUGCUAUACAUCUGCGUAUGUGGCCAAAAACGUGUCAGGUUUUUACUGAGGAAGGCUUGCUGCUACGAGAAGUGUUUCUGUGUGUGGUGUCGACCGAGAGACAAUGAAGUGCCUGAAUGGGGCGAAGAAUGCAUGGCAAUGAACACUCGAUAGCACCAAAGAUGACAAAGUGCUAAGACUGGACAAGGUGUACAAAGCUAGUGUGGAGUGAGUGGGCAUCUUCUGCUAGGGUGCUAAACAGUAGUAGAUGACAGGAGUCAAACCUGUAUUGAAGAAAAUUCCCACAAACUUAGAACAAGUAUUACAUGUUGACACACACAUACAAAAAUAGUUUUUAUACAAUUUAGAAAAAUAUUUGUAAAAGGUACACAGAAAAAUAUAUUAUAAGCUAAUUAGAGUGCUGGAGAAAGAUUGGCUGGUAAACUAGCAAAGCUAAAGCAACAUUUGUUUCAAAAUGUAAAAAUAAUUAAAUAAAGGGUAUGGUAAGGCCCAAUUAAUAUUUCCCCCUUCAAUGAUUAAUAUUCCCCCUUAAUAUUUUGUACAUACAGAUUCGCUAAAAGAACAAGGUAUGUGUAUUUGAAUUAAUAUGUGGCAGACUAAUUUUGCUGAACAUAGUUGCGAAUAAGUAGCCUUUACUUAAUUUUAAACAUGUCAAAGCUUUGUACUUCUUUAUAACACCCACCACUCUCGAUGGCCAACAAACUUGCGUACACUCUCAUGUGGGGUUUGUGAGACUUGUGCAGCAUCUUAUCUUUUGAUUUUAUAAUGAUUUUUCACAUUGAAAAGUGUUAUGUAAAUAAAAUAAUUACUACUAUGAUACUUUAAAACUUUUAAUAAAUGUUACCAAGUGUGCUUUUGUACUUAAAUUCUAGUUUAGAUUUCUACAGGGAAAUCAUUAGUACGAUAAGGAACUUUAAUAUUUAUUGAAAAUGUUUUUGUA